UAUCGAGGGAGAACUUGCCCGGGCUUUGGCGUUUGUGUUCCUGAAGGGAACAACCGCUCGGACCGGUUUCCCCCGAGGCGGGGAGGGUGGGACGCUGCGAGCAAGGACAUUGUCAGCGAGUCCGCCGUCAUUUGGGCUCCCUCGGCGAGGGACGAAUCACUCCCGACCUUCUUGGAGCGGGAGAAGACGCGAGGGGGCGGGAAAAGCGGACGGCGCCCUGUGGGGUCAAAGGUCAACCGGCUGGGCAAUGGAGAGCUUCAAUGAGCUGCUUCUCAAACUCAGGGAGGUCCAUGAGCGAGAGCUAGAAGGCUGGCAGAUGAAGGUCCAAGAGUUGUCCAACAAGAAAGGCUGCGACACCAAGCGCAUGGAGGAGUUGUUCGCCAGGAACCAGCAGAUGAAGGAGCAGCAGCGAUUGCUCACCGAGAACAUCAAGACCCUGGAAAACAGGCUGAGGGCGGGCUUGUGCGACCGCUGCACGGUCACUCAGGAGGUGGCCAAGAGGAGGCAGCAGGAGUUCGAAGUGUCGCAAAUGCAGACCCUCCACCACGUCACGCUGCUGGGUGGAGAAAUUAAUAGCCUUAAAAAGGAAAACAGGAGACUGAGAGACGAGAUCAUCAAUUUAAGAGAAGCACUUAACAACACGCCCUCGGAGGCCAAACCUAACAUCUCCCCCGGCCAUUCGCCGAACUCCGGGCCUGUGGCGCUCAGCGCCGUGGCGACGGGUUACACCCGUCCCGAUCAGCCAGCAGAUGGCGACGUUGCGGUGAAAACAGACACACACGAGCAUCAGUCGGAGUUCAGACAGCUGCGAGCCAUGAACAAGAGCCACUUUCCCAUUUCACUUUCCACUUACACGUCGCCGUCCUGGAAGACGGAACACAACGCAGCAGGAGACAGGAGAUCUCACAUCGUGGAGACCAUGGACCAUCAUCCUCUGAAGACCACCUCCCUCUCCGACCUGAGUCCACAUUCUCUCAAGGCCCCCGUGCCCUGUCGUCCUCAGCCAAUCAAGAGCACCUUCCCCUGGGCUAUCCCUGAAUCUUCCACCUGGGCGCCCAUGGCGGGCGGCAGCAUGGUGCUGCACCCUUACCCCAAGUCCAGUCUCCCUGGUUUCCCCAACAUGAACAGCCAAAAUGGCAGCCUGCCAGGCUACGGGCAUCAGUGGCCCAGGGCCGUCAAAGAACCCACCGUGGUGUUCCGCUUGAAGAACCCAUCGGAGCACGCGGGACAAAGCCCCGCGGCUAAGACCCAGGACAAGAAGGACGCUCAGCACAAAGAUCAAUGUGACGGUCCUCUGGACCUUUCCGAUAGAGGAAAGUCCAAGUCGGGCCAGACACCACUGGCCUGGCAAGAAGGUUUGGACCAGAGACGGGACAAGGACGUGUCACCUGAUGCGUCUCCAUUCUUACCUCCGGUCUCACAGCGAGAGGAAGUCCCAAACCACAAGCAGGCGGUAAAAGAGCAGGAGCAGAAUAAAUCGGCACAGGGGAAGGCAGAGCAAAGCAAGAAGGUUCCCGCCCUCACGAUAUCGCUGCGUCCAGUCGUGGUGCUGGAGACUCUCAACUCUGAUCUUUACACACAAAACACAUCGACAAAUGGCAAGUCGCCACCGGGGGAGCCGGAGAGCUCAGAGGGGCAAGUGGAGGAGGAAGAAGAGGAAGAGGAAGUGAGUGCGUCAGAACAGGACAAGGACCAGGUCUCCAAGAGGAGGAGACUACCAGUGGAGGCGGACUUGGACCUGGACUCAGACUCUGACACGCCCGCACCAGACAAGAAGGUCAAGAUGGGCGUGAGAACUCAGGAGAAGACCUCCUGCUGACUGGACUGGACUGGACCCAAACUGUGACAAAACACAUAAAAACGCCAAUAUAAGGUCACCUUUCUUCUUCUUUCAUUCAUUGGGAGGCAGGCAGCAUGUCAUGCACUGUUGUGACUACCAAUAUCACAUUUGUCAUAUGUAUCAAAGUAUACAUCGAAUAAUGGAAAUGGAAGAAAAUAUGGGUGUGGAUAGCAUGGCCUGGUUUGCAUAGCAGCAUAUCAUGCACUCUCGUUACUAUGCUCUCAUAAUCAAAGCACUGCUACCAUAAAUUGAGUGCAAAAUUUAAGAGAAGCUUUAUCAAAAUUUGUCAAACGUAUCAAAAAUAUUAGACAAAUCAUCAGGAUUUGGUUAUAGUGGCCUGGGUUGCAUUAAAGAAAGCAGCAUAUCAUGCACUGUCUUUAACGAUAAAGGAGCGAUAUGUCAAUUUGUCAAAUGUAUCAAAGUAUAAAGUGAGUAAUAGAAAUGGAAGAAAAUUCUCAAUUUGGUUAGUGUGGCCUGGCUUGCGUAACAGCAAGCGGCCUAUCAUGCAUUGUCUUUACUAUUGGAGCGCCAUCAAAGCACUGCAAUGAUUAAUGGAACAGAUUAGUCAACGAUAUCACAAAUUGGCAAAUGUAUGAAAAUAUUAGACGAUUCAUGAGAAUGGAGGAAAAUCUCAAUUUGGUUUGAGAUCAAAGCAAACCGCAUGUCAUGCACUGUUGUUACUAUUGAUGAGCGAUAUCCACAUUUGUCAUAUGUAUCAAAGUAAACAUGAAAUAACGGAAAUGGAGGAAAAUCUUUGUGUGGAUAGCUUGGCCUGGUUUGCAUAGCAGCAUAUCAUGCACUCUCGUUACUAUAGUCUCAUCAUCAAAGCACUGCUACCAUAAAUUGAGUACAAGAUAUAAGAGAAGCUUAAUCCAAAUUUGUCAAACGUAUCAAAAAUAUCAGACAAAUCAUCUGGAUUUGGUUAUAGUUGCCUUGAUUGCAUAAAAGAAAGCAGCAUAUAAUGCACUGUCUUUUACAAUAAAAGAGCGAUAUGCCAAUUUGUCAAAUGUAUCAAAGUAUAAAGUGAGUAAUAGAAAUGGAGGAAAAUUCUCAAUUUGGUUAGUGUGGCCUGGCUUGCGUAACAGCAAGCAGCCUAUCAUGCAUUGUCUUUACUAUUGGAGCGUCAUCAAAGCACUGCAAUGAUUAAUGGAACAGAUUAGUCAAUGAUAUCACAAAUUGGCAAAUUUAUGAAAAUAUUAGACGAUUCAUGAGAAUGGAGGAAAAUCUCAAUUUGGUUUGAGAUCAAAGCAAACUGCAUGUCAAGCACCGUCGUUACUAUUGAUGAGCGAUAUCCACAUUUGUCAUAUGUAUCAAAGUAAACAUCAAAUAACGGAAAUGGAGGAAAAUCUUUGUGUGGAUAGCAUUGCCUGGUUUGCAUAGCAGCAUAUCAUGCACUCUCGUUACUAUCCUCUCAUCAUCAAAGCACUGCUACCAUAAAUUGAGUGCAAGAUUUAUGAGAAGCUUAAUCCAAAUUUGUCAAACGUAUCAAAAAUAUCAGACAAAUCAUCUGGAUUUGGUCAUAGUGGCCUGGUUUGCAUUAAAGAAAGCAGCAUAUCAUGCACUGUCUUUAACAAUAAAGAGCGAUAUGCCAAUUUGUCAAAUGUAUCAAAGUAUAAAGUGAGUAAUAGAAAUGGAGGAAAAUUCUCAAGUUGGUUAGUUUGGUCUGGCAUGUGUAACAGCAAGUAGCAUAGCAUGCAUUGUCUUCACAAUUGGAGCGUCAUCAAAGCACUGCGAUUAUAGUCAGUGAUAUCACAAAUUGGCAAAUGUAUCAAAAUGUUAGCCGAUUAAUGAAAAUGGAGGAAAAUCUCAAUUUAGUUCGAGAUCAAAGCAAACUGCAAGUCAUGCACUGUCGUUACUUUUUAUGAGUGAUAUCCACAUUUGUCAUGUGUAUCAAAGUAUACAUCGAAUAAUGGAAAUGGAUGACAAUCUAGAGUCGGGUGGUAUGGCCAUGCUCGCCUCCCAUCAAGCAGCAUAUCAUGCACUGUCUUGACUAUUAUUAGUCAUCAUCAAAGCACUGCUAUGAUGAAUCCAACAGGAUAGUCACUAAGAGGUGCAAAAACCAAAGUUCACAAGUAUUUUCAUAGCAAGCGACAACGGAUUUGGAAGCAUUGUCGCAAGCAGCCUACCAUGCACUGUCUUGACUAUCAAGGAGCAAUAUCCAAACUUCUCAAAUUCAUCAGAGUCCUGCAUGAAGUGAAUCAUGGGAAUUGAGAAAAUUCAGGGGUCUGAUAGUCUGGCUUGAAUUGCAUCACAGCAGACAGCCUAUCAUGCACUGUCGUGACUAUCCCCGUAUACACAAAGCACUGCUAUGAUGAAUCCAACAGGAUAGUCUAUCUAAGAAGAGGAAUACCCCAACUUUUCAUAGUGAGUGACUUUUUUUUUAAUUUUUUUUAUUUGGUAGCAUCACGGCACGCAGCCUAUCAUGCACUGUCAUGACUAUUCCAUCAUCAUGAUCAUCAAAUCACUGCCAUGAUAAACUUACCAGAAUAGUCUUUGACGUAUCCAAGGCCACACGUCAUGCUUUUAUUUUGGACACAGCACAGCAAGCGGCCUAUCAUGCACUCUCUGGACUAAUUGAGCGUAGUACUACUGUAGUACCUCGGUUUUACUGAGGAGUCCUUUUAAAAAGGUCAUGUAAAUCCAUUGAAUCUGUACCUGACACAAGAAAUUAUGAGUACAAAAAGACAUUUUACAGAUAAUAUUUCUAGUUUUAAAGAAUGAAAUGCUUUUAAAUGUUGAAUGAAAUGUACAAAUAAAAACUUUUCAAACCUU